AUGGAUUUCAUCAAGAAGGCUGUUUCCAGCGCUGGCGGCAACAAGGAGGACAAGCCUGCCGAGAACAACACCCAGCAGAACGACGACUACGUUGACAAGGCCUUCGCCGCCGGUGUCAAGAAGACUGGCUACAACCUCGACCGCAGCACACAGGAGAAGAUCACCGAUGGUGCCCGCGAGGCCUACGAGAAGGCCACUGGCAAGCAGGUCAGCGACAAGAUCUCCAACUAG